AUGGAAAAACUACCAACUCAAUCCAAAGCCGACAGUUCCGGCUAUGUCGACCUUUCCGAGUCGUCCGUGGCGCGACCGAUCAGCACCCGUCGCGACCGGGUUGUUACUCGGCUGGCCGCAUGUCUGGGGCUCAUCACCAUCGCCUUCCUAGCUUUAUCGUGGACCCCCAUCUCCAUUUCCGGCCUUAAGCUCUUUUCGUGUCAUAGAUGGAGAAGACACCAUGAUGCUUCGUUUCCCCCGGACUUGGGCGCGGAGGAAGCUCCGUUGAUGAGUGGCCCACUGCAUGAGCUGUCCACCCUCGACGGAAGCCUGGCCUCGAGUAACAGAAUUCCCCUAGAAGCUCAUGUCAUGAGUAAAUGCCCCGACGCUCGGGACUGUCUCCAACAGCUUGUCCUUCCUGCUAUGGAGCAGAUCAGCGAUAAGGUUGACUUUAAGCUGUCUUUCAUAGCCGCAGUAUCCAACAAGUCAUCGGAGAUCCAAUGCAUGCACGGUCCCACCGAAUGCAUCGGUGACAUGCUCAUCCUCUGUGCGGCUAAUCUGCCUUUUCCGCCUGACUCCGGGGCCAUGUGCUCCAAGGAGUCCCGUACUCCAACCAUCCGGUCGCUCGGGUUUGCCAACUGCCUUAUUAGCUCGUAUCCCGAUAUUCCGAAGCGCGACCUGGUUCAGGGAUGUGCUUUGGAGCACGGUAUCGACUUUGAGGCUCUGAAUAAGUGUGCCAGUCGAGAGUAUGAUGACCUUGGCGACGACGAUGAUAGCGACGAGCAGACACCGCUUAGUGGCAUUGCUCUGUUGCGCAAGAGUGCGCUGCACAGUGAGAAGCUCAAUGUCAGGACCAGCUGUACGCUCCGACUGAACGAGUCUACCUGGUGUAUCCGGGAUGGUGGAGUCUGGAGGGACUGCGCCCAGGAAGGAGAGGGCAACAAAGUCUCGGUGCUCGUGGACGAAGUGAAGAAGCUGUGGGACAAGGUCAACUGA